AUGACUCCCGAAUUUUUCUUGAACUUGGAAGAGCAAGGCUUCCUAACCCGUGACAGUGGCAGUAUCACGGCGUUAGGAAGUCUUUGGGGUGUUAUUGAUGGUGAUAGGAAUAAGAAAUAUAAAAUAAAAAAAAAACAGUCAACCUUUGUAGAACAAGUUUUUCGCGGUGGCGGUGCCCCUACCAGCAUUGACCUCUAUUUGACAAUCACAUCUGUGCAACAG